AUGCAGCGUCUCACGGCCUCCUGCCUCCUCCUGGCCAUGGUGGCGUCCGUCGCCUACUCGGCAGUCAUCCUCGACAACGGGGCGCCCAUUAAGUGGGCCGACUCGGCGGCGCAGCUGACCGACUUGCCCGUGGAGAACGGCAUCCUAAACCCAAACCCGUGGAACUUUGUGCACCGCAUGGGCUUCUACCGGCUGUUGAUCGCCGCCACCGAUCCCUACAUGGGCUCCAUGGGUACCGGUGCUACCGAAAGUCCGCUGUGGGGUCUGCCUCUGCAGUUCGGAUGGAUGCAGACUUCAGGCCGUCUUGCUGACCCAACCGGAGCAACAACUUGCGGGCUGCCGACCGGCGACCUUACGUGUAUCUCUCCCCAGAGCUGGUGGGGCUGUGUGAACCACUUUGUAUCCGUCCUGCCCUUCCUGUCUGCCGCUCAGCAGGGACUCUUCGGACCUGGAGUCCAGCUGCAUGACACGCACGUAGAGCCCUUCCGUCAGCGCGACGUUAUUGAUGUUUGUUUUGUCUUCUUUGAGAAGGAUGUGCUGAUCCUGCAUCUCUCAGUUACUCACAUAUCCAGGCUCUUUUGUAAUCAUGCAGGUCCUGAAGGUAGUGAAGGUUACUGCACCAACUACGCCGACUGCACAACGAGCUACGCCGAUGUGAUGGCUAAGUGGGAUGCUUUCUUCCAGGCCUCAAGGCCUCCACGGAAUCCACCCUGCCUUGACAACGAGAAGAAAGAUGCUAUCCUCGGACUCUACUGGGCAGCCCACAUGGCUUCCCUGCAUGAGGGCCAAAAACUAUCCAUCCAGCAGAGCCAUUAUUCCGGCCCCGAGGUGAACUUCGCCUCCAGCUGGCUCAACUCGGCCGAAUACGUGUCCGCGGCCAAUUUCCAGUCCUCCUUGGACAAGUCCAUCAUGUUCCUCACGCCUCUCCCGGGGCGCGUCCUGAAGGAUGGUGACAGCGCACCCAACAUAGCCGACUUGAGUCAAGAAGAGAACCAUACGCUGUCAGUCUUUUCCUGGAUGAAGAGCAUGGACACAAUUCUGCUGGGGUCCCUAUCGGGCAUGUGGCGUAGCGCCAUGUGCUCGGUGACCACGCGAGAGAAAGGAAGGGAGAUGCUGGAGCAGCUCCUGCUCAAUCCCAGCUACGCCACCAACACUUUCCUGUCCAUCAUCACCGAAAUGACCACUAGCUGCUGA